UUUUAUUUUUUGAGUUUUGUGUCUUUUUUUUUUUUUUGUUUUUGUUUUUUUCCUCUGAAAAUCUCACAGCAAUAAAAGGGGGGGCCAUGGAGCCUACCAACCAUACUUGGUCAGAUCCGUUCUUUGGGCCCCAUUUUCUCCUUCUCCAACGGUGUUCCUUUGCCUUCAGACCAAAUGCUCAGUCCCUCAGAAAUAUACAGUGACUCUUAGAGAGAGAAAGAUAGAGCUCAUAGUGAGAGAUUGAAGAUGGGACUGGAGGGGUUUUAGACUUUAGAACUUUUAGUUUUAGUUAUACACAGAAAGGACUCUGUGUGUUUUAAAAGCCUCAGGAUCUGAGACCUCUCAGAAUAUAUAUAUAUGUAUGCUUUCUUUUUUCUGUGAAGGUAAAACCAUUUUCUGCAUUCGUUUUCAACCAAAUCUUCACAAUGUUUUUUUAACCUUUUCUUUAAAUACUUUUUUUAUUUUAUUUUUUUCCCUCAAAUCUAUCUCAAAAUGGUAGAACUUGAUUUUCCUUGACUUCAAUUGAAAUACGCAGACCAGAAUCUCUUCUUGUCAACAUUUGUUAUAUUGCACUGAAAAAAAAAAAAAGAAAGUAAAAACUUUGGCUUAAAGAUGUUUUCUUUUCGAUGUUUUUAGUAAAAAAACGUAGUUUUUCCCCCUAUAAAAUUCACUUUGUUUUUACUUUUUGCAGGGUUAGUUAAACUUCAGUUUACUAGAUUGUACAUAGCGCUUUUAAGCAUUUUGGUUCCUGAAAUUGACUAUUCUUGGUCAUUUUAAUUCAUUUUUGAGAACUGGGUUGUUUUGACUUGAAGAAGCCUGAAGAUGGAUUUUGAAGACACUGUGUCUCAGAUUUGAGGCCUGUGUCAAGAAAUGGAACUUACUAAACAAUAUUUUGGAUUUCAGAGUGGCUCUCUGUGGUUCAAGUGCAUGUGCAAGACUUUUGACAUUUUGAGGAAGUAGGAAACCUUUUAAGGAUGGAUCCUGGGGAAGAUAGCUCCAGGUUUGGUUCCUUACCGACCACUUUGAGGAAUAUGUCAUCAUCAUCUUCAGCAUUCUUUUCGGCGAAUCAGUCGCCCUUCUUCUCUCCAAGAUCGCCAUCGUGCCAGUUAUCUGAAUCGACAAGGUCUGAUGCUCAAUGUGACAGCAUUCCUUUAAGUGUUGAUCCCCUUAGUUCCAGCUCUGGAAUUUUACAACCUGAAACUCUAGCAAAUGUAAGGUAUGCACUGUCAGACAUGUCACCGACUCCGACCACUUGUAUUUCCAGCAAUUUUCAGGAGUUUGAUCGUGCAGCGUCCUCAACUGGUGUCUCUAAAAGCACCCAAUCUAGUUACAGCACUGCCAAUGGCAGUGGUUAUUCUGGGAACAGAGAGAGACAGAAAAAGCACGUGAAACACUAUGGAGCCUCAUUUAUGCCAGGUUUGCUUUCACUUUCCUCUAACAGAAUGAGGAGCUGUGACGUAUUUGUAGGCUUGCAUGGGCACAAACCUUCUUUGUUAAGGUUUGCUAAUUGGCUCCGUGCUGAGUUGGAGGUUCAAGGGAUAAGUUGCUUUGUAUCUGACAGAGCUCGUUGUCGAAACUCCCGUAAACAUGGACUUGUUGAGAAGGCUAUGGACAUUUCCUCUUUUGGGGUUGUCAUUCUCACAAGGAAGUCAUUCCGAAACCCAUAUACCAUUGAAGAACUGCGAUUUUUUGCUGGCGAGAAGAACUUGGUUCCAAUAUUCUUUGAUCUGAAUCCUGGUGAUUGCCUUGUCAGGGAUAUAGUUGAGAAGAGAGGAGAGCUGUGGGAAAAGCAUGGAGGAGAGUUAUGGCAUUUGUAUGGAGGGUUGGAAAAGGAGUGGAAAGAAGCUGUUCAUGGUCUUUCUCGGGUUGAUGAGUGGAAACUUGAAGCUCAGGAUGGUAACUGGAGAGAUUGUAUAUUCAGGGCUGUCACAUCAUUGGCAAUGAGAUUGGGGAGGAGAAGUGUUGUAGAGCGGUUGACCAAGUGGAGAGAGAAAGUGGAGAAAGAGGAGUUCCCUUUCCCUCAAAAUGAAAAUUUCAUUGGUAGGAAGAAAGAACUAUCUGAGCUUGAAUUUAUACUUUUUGGUGAUAUUACUGGAGAUUCAGAAAGAGAUUACUUUGAGCUUAAGGCUAGACCAAGGCGAAAGAAUCUGGCAAUUGGAUGGGGUAAGAACACUGCAUUUGAGGAAAAGCCGAGAGAUUGGCAACUUGAGACUGGCAGUAGGAAGGGAAAAGAACCAGUUGUAUGGAAGGAAUCAGAAAAGGAGAUUGAGAUGCAAAGUACCGAACUUCCUCAAAGACAACAUCAGCCGAGGCCAAAGACUGUGGGGAGGUAUGCAAGAAGAAAAAGAUCAAUGAAGAUUUUGUAUGGGAAAGGAAUUGCUUGUGUAUCUGGUGACUCAGGAAUUGGCAAGACAGAGCUUCUUCUGGAAUUUGCUUACAGAUAUCACCAAAGGUACAAGAUGGUCUUAUGGGUUGGAGGGGAUAGCAGGUAUAUUAGGCAGAACUAUCUGAAUCUCUGGUCAUUUUUAGAAGUUGAUGUGGGGCUUGAAAGUUUCUCCAAGAAAAGCAGGAUUAAAACUUUUGAAGAGCAGGAAGAGGUUGCCAUUUCUAGAAUACGCAAAGAGCUUAUGAGAAACAUACCUUUCUUGGUGAUCAUUGAUAACUUAGAGAGUGAAAAGGAUUGGUGGGAUCACAAGCUUGUAAUGGAUCUUCUUCCCCGUUUUGGUGGAGAGACCCACAUAAUAAUAUCAACGCGUCUUCCUCGUGUGAUGAAUUUGGAACCUUUGAAACUCUCAUAUUUAUCCGGGGUGGAAGCAAUGUCACUGAUGCAGGGAAGUGUAAAAGAGUAUCCAAUUGCAGAAAUUGAUGCUCUAAGGGUUAUUGAGGAGAAAUUGGGAAGGUCAACAUUAGGGCUUGCAAUUGUCGGUGCAAUAUUAUCUGAGCUGCCUAUAACUCCAAGUAGACUAUUGGAGACCACUAAUAGAAUGCCUUUGAAGGAGCUGACAUGGAGUGGAAAGGAAGCUUAUUCAUUGAGGCGGAACACUUUUCUGUUACAACUCUUUGAGGUUUGUUUCUCAAUAUUUGAUCAUGCAGAUGGACCUAGGAGCUUGGCAACCAGAAUGGUUCUGGCAAGUGGUUGGUUUGCGCCGAGUGCGAUUCCUGUCUCCCUCUUGGCCCUGGCUGCUCAUAAGAUUCCUGAAAAGCAUAAAAAGACCCGUUUGAUAAGAAAAUUGUUGCAUUCUUUAACUUGUGGUCUUGCUUCGUCAUACACCAAGAGAUCAGAAUUAGAAGCAUCUUCCAUGUUGUUAAGGUUUAAUAUAGCAAGAAGCAGUACCAAGCAAGGCUACGUAUAUGUCAAUGAGCUCAUCAAGCUUUAUGCUCGUAAGAGAGGGGGAGCAAGCGGAGUUCCACAAGCCAUGGUUCAAGCUGUCAUCAAUCGUGGAUCAAUAACUCAACACGCAGAACACAUUUGGGCAGCAUGUUUCUUAUUGUUUGGAUUUGGUCAUGAUCCUGUGGUUGUUGAGCUCAAGGUUUCAGAUUUGUUAUACGUUGUCAAGGAAGUGGUCUUGCCUCUUUCUAUUCGAACAUUUAUUACAUUCUCUCGAUGCAGUGCUGCUCUUGAACUCCUUCGACUGUGUACCAAUGCCUUGGAAGCGGCAGACCAAGCGUUUGUUACCCCUGUUGAGAAGUUGCUGGACAAAUCACUUUGUUGGAGGCCCAUUCAGACUAAUGCUCAGUUAAAUCCUUGCCUUUGGCAGGAGAUGGCACUAUCAAGAGCUACAGUUCUAGAAACUAGGGCCAAGUUAAUGAUAAGAGGGGGACAGUUUGAUAUAGGGGAUGAUCUAAUUAGGAAGGCUGUUUUUAUUAGAACUUCUAUUUGUGGUGAAGAUCAUCCAGACACCGUGGCUGCUCGUGAAACUCUUAACAAACUCACAAGGCUUCUCACAAAUGUUCAAAUUCAUACGUCCCUAUAGAUUCUGUAUUUGUAAGCAAAAUUUACUCUCAAAUUCAUACAAAAGUCUCAAAUAAAACUAUUGUAUACCACUCAAGGAGAUUUUCUAUAUCAUUUUUAUCUGCAAAAGAGAUUCUCCUGCAUUUCAAUAAUUUCCUCUCUUAUUAUUUUGAUUCAAUAACAGUUAAUGGGCCUCAUGUUGACUAAA